AUGUCCAACCACGAAAAGAGACUUGAUGGCGGGUCUCGUGUGGCGGAUGCUCCUGCCGGGGCAGUUGGAGAAGAAGACGAUAACAACAUCAACAAUGUCAAUGUCAACGGUGGACGUGGUGGCCUGGCACCCGGUGCGACGGCGGCCGACGCCGUGCGCAACAUCAAGUCCCCCGGUGUGCAGCGCAUCGAAGCCAUCUCGUCCGUCAUCACGCGCGCGGACCGCGUAGGCAUCUUCUUCGGCGUCUUCCUGGUGGCGUACGCAUACGGUCUGGACGGCACGCUCCGCUACUCGUACCAGCCCACGGCCACGUCCGGCAUGGGCCAGCACUCGCUCACGUCGACGGUGGCCGUCAUGAGGGCCGUCAUCGGCGCGGCGGCCCAGCCCACGGCCGGCAAGAUCGCCGACGUCUUCGGCCGCGUCGAGGUGCUCAUCGGCGCCACCCUAUUCUACCUGCUCGGCACCAUCGUGUCGGCUGUGGCCAAGGACGUCGUCACCCUCGCGGCCGGCACGGCCAUCUACCAGGUCGGCUACACCGUCAUCGUGCUCCUGGUCGAGGUUCUCAUCGCCGACAUCACGUCGACGCGCGCCCGUGUCUUCUUCUCCUACAUCCCCGCCCUGCCCUUCAUCAUCAACACCUGGGUCAGCGGCAACAUCGCCACCGACGUCCUCGCCGCCGCCGGAUGGCGCUGGGGCUACGGCAUGUGGGCCGUCAUCUUCCCCGUCUGCACCAUCCCGCUCAUGGUCAGCCUGACCAUCGUCUCGGUGCGCGCCCGCCGCCGGGGCCUCCUCGACAAGUACCGCUCUUCGCUACAGAUCCUGGGCGCCCGCAACUUCUUGGCCGAGCUGUUCUGGGUCCUCGACGUCAUCGGCAUCGUCCUCCUCGUCGCCGCCUUCGCCCUCACCCUAAUCCCCCUCACCCUCGCCGGCGGCCUGCACACCAAGUGGCGGACGGCUGGCAUCAUCGCCCCGCUCGUCAUCGGCAUCGCCUUGCUCCCCGUCUUCGUCUUCUGGGAGCUCCGCGCGCCCCACCCCCUCGUCCCCUUCGCCCUGAUGAAGGACCGCGGCGUCUGGGCCCCCAUCGGCAUCGCCAUCAUGCUUAACUUCUCCUGGGCCAUGCAGGGCGACUACCUCUACACCAUCCUCCAGGUCUCCUUUGACUUCGACGUCACCACCGCCACCCGCAUCACCAGCCUGUACUCCUUCGUCAGCGUCAUCGUCGGCCCCCUCCUCGGCAUCGUCGUCUACUUCCUCCGCCGCCUCAAGAUCAUGGUCAUCCUCGGCACCUCCCUCUUCAUGGUCGCCUUCGGCCUCCUCAUCCACUUCCGCGGCGCCUCCUCCGACGGCGACGGCCUCUCCAGCGCAAAGGCCGGCAUCAUCGCCGCCGAGGUCGUCCUCGGCGUCGCCGGUGGCAUGUUCCCCUACCCCUCCCAGGCCUCCCUGCAGGUCCAGCUCGACCACGAGAACCUCGCCGUCAUGACUGGCGUCUUCCUCGGCGUCUACAAUGUCGGCUCCGCCCUCGGAAACACCGUCUCCGGCGCCAUGUGGACCCAGGUCCUCCCCAGCUACCUCGAGCAGCACAUCUCCGACCCCGCCCUCGUCGCCGCCGUCUACAGCAGCCCCCUCACAGAGGCCGUCAAGUACGCCAUGGGCACCCCCGAGCGCAUCGCCAUCGUCAAUGCCUACCGCCAGAUCCAGAGGAUCCUCUGCAUCACCGGUAUCUGCCUCUGCGCUCCCCUCAUCGCCUUCGCCCUUGCCCUUCGCAACCCCAGGCUGGACGGUCACCAGACCUUGGCCGAGAAGGACAGGUCGUCUGAUGAGGAGGAGGAGGAGGAUGCUGUUGCUGCUUGA